AUGGAGAUAAAUCUCUUUUGCAGCGAAAAGGGCUUGCAAGAGAUUUUGUUAAUACAAUUUAUCCAGCCUGCCGGAAUUGUUCAAUUACCCGAUGACAUUCUCCUUAUUAUCCUAUCUUUCCUCCCAUUGAAAGAAGCUGGGCGAACAAGUGUUCUUUCAUCUCGUUGGAGAAACCUGUGGAGUUACAUCUCACAUCUCAACUUUGAUGACCAUAGCUCGAUGGAGAAGGUUAUGCGGGAUCCCACAUUUCACAGUGUCAGCGUUGAGAGGGAAAAGUAUGUAAAGUGGGUGGAUUCGGUUCUCCAAUCACACCGAGGGUCCACCGUGAAAGAAUUAAGAAUAUGCUUUAGUUUAGUCAAAUCAGCCACAAAGUCAAUUACGAAGUGGCUUGAAUUUGCUUUUGAGAGGCACACUGAAAAGUUGGAGUUGAACCUUUCAGAAGGUGACUGUGGUCAUAGCCCAGAUGAAACGUACGUGUUUCCUCAAGAGUUAUGCAGUUCAGACCGUCUUUUCAACUUUAAGCCCAUAAAAAUGUUGUUCUUGGGCAGUGUUCAAGUCUCUGGUGAAACUAUUGAGUUUCUCUUACGUGGCUGCCCAUUGCUCGAGCACGAAAAAAGAUCAUCUGAAGUCCCAAAGGGUCAUUUUGCGGUUUAUGUUGGGGAAAACGAGAAGAAGAGAUUUGUUAUUCCGGUUUCGCAUUUGAACCAUCCUUUGUUUCAAGUAUUACUAUUUCAAACUGAAGAAGAAUUCGGGUUUCAUCAUCCAAUGGGCGGCCUUACAAUUCCGUGCCGUGAGGAUUUAUCGAACGGAAAAGGAGUCGAGGUCCCAAAAGGACAUUUUGCUGUUUAUGUUGGGGAAAAUGAAAAGAAGAGAUUUGUUAUUCCGGUUUCGUAUUUGAACCAUCCUUCAUUUCAAGAGUUGCUUUUUCAAGCCGAAGAAGAAUUCGGUUUCGAUCAUCCAACGGGAGGCCUAACUAUUCCGUGCAGUGAAGAUUUGUUCAUUGAUCUUACAUCC